AUGGCAACGCCGCCGACUGGGACUACUGCUCCAAGUCCGAGCUCAUCUCGGAGGUUCCCAAGAAAGCGAAGUCGAAGUUAUGGCGAGACCAUACAGUUCUUUGCGUUGAAGACCGCCUUCACCGUGCGAACCCUGGUUACUAUUGUAGUAGCAGCGAUCCCUGGGCAUUCCCGGAGAAUACUCCCUGUUUAUCGUUCCCCAGUGCAAGAAGCGUUUGGACCUCGCCGUGGAGGAUUAUUAUGGCUGGCUGCAGCAGCAGGAAGGACCACCUGUAAAAUCACCGACUUCGAAAUGCACUCCACCUGA